AUGUCUAAACCAAUUGUAUCCAAAAAUGAGGCAAAUUUUGAGAGGCAAGGUCGUUUGGUAUCUCGGGAACUUGGAGAGCCACAGAAAAUAAUAGUCCUCUUCCGAAUUGAUACUGCGUUCCAGACAAGCGCGUGUAUUAGGCUUCGAACAGUUAAAAUUUGUCUUAUUUAUUUACAAUUUACCUUAAUUAGAGGAUGUAGUUCUAUUAAAAUGUCCAUUAAGCAUUCGGGAGGUAAAGUAAAACUAGCUAUUCAGACAAUAGGGUAUAAUAAAAAUUGGCCUUCUGACCCUCUAAAGGAUACUUCUAUCCAACCAUAUCUUUUCGGGAUAAGGAAAAAUUUCAUCCUUUCAAAAAGUAUGGCUCUAUUCGAAAUAGGUCUUGAUGCUAACAGCAAGCAGCAUCCAGUUACACCUGAAAGCUAUGGUCUCAUUUCUGAAACAUACUGGAAAAGUGUGAGGACUCGCCUCAUCAAGGAUAGGGGCAAAAGCACUCUCUAUGUCAACUUCAUUUGUAAAAGUUUAAAAAAUAAAUAUUCUGAUAAGCUUACAAAAAAAUUUAUGUGGAUAUUCAGUUUGAACAUUGUUGCAGGAUCUAGCAUUCGAUAG